AUGCGAUCUUCAGCCAUCCUUGCUUUCUUCGGGCUGUCUACUCUGACAAGCGCCCUUCCAACUGGGUCGCCCGACAUUGAUGUUGCCGACGCUUUCAAGCGUGCUGAGACUGACAUCGACGUCGCCGAUGCCUUCAAGAGGGCUGAAGCCAACAUUGACGUUGCCGACGCUUUCAAGCGUUCCGAGGCGGACAUUGAUGUGGCAGAUGCAUUCAAGCGUCAUGAAUCUGAUAUUGAUGUAGCCGACGCUUUCAAGCGUGGCGAGUCCAAUAUCGACGUUGCGGAUGCCUUCAAGAGAGAUGCGGCCGAUAUCGAUGUUGCCGAUGCUUUUAAGCGUCAUGAAUCUGAUAUUGAUGUAGCUGACGCUUUCAAGCGUGGCGAGGCAAAGAUCGAUGUUGCAGACGCUUUCAAGCGUCAUGAAUCUGCUAUUGAUGUAGCUGACGCUUUCAAGCGUGGCGAGGCAGAGGUCGAUGUUGCAGACGCUUUUAAGCGUGCUGAAACCGAGAUCGACGUUGCCGAUGCAUUCUAA